CCAGUGAGCCCUUGGUGUUUGGGUUGUCCGGGCGCCCGCGAUGGUUCCAAUGUGCACGCAGUAUGACAGAUGACCUAUUGAAAUAAUUUCGGAGCAGUGCUGGGGUUGCCAGGACAACCAGUGCUCCCUGGGCUUGCGCCGGGCCAUGUGACAGCCGCCUUGACGUCAGCUGGAGGCAGAGCCUGCGGUUUCGGCCGCGCAGCCAAAGCCUUGUGAGAACCUAGUGGAUGCUGGAUUUAUCCCCGCCGCCGCCGCCGCUGCUGUUUCUCAGGGGCUGCCAGAGCAUGGACUAUUAAAAACUUGCAUUUCUGCAGUGUGAGUUAAUAUUUUGACACCAGUAUGGGAAAGCAAAACAGCAAACUACGCCCUGAAGUCAUGCAAGAUUUGCUAGAAAGUACAGACUUUACAGAACAUGAGAUCCAGGAGUGGUACAAAGGCUUCUUGAGAGACUGUCCAAGUGGACAUUUAUCUAUGGAGGAGUUUAAAAAAAUAUAUGGGAACUUUUUCCCUUAUGGGGACGCUUCUAAGUUUGCGGAACAUGUAUUCCGCACUUUUGACGCCAACGGAGACGGAACAAUAGAUUUCAGAGAAUUCAUCAUAGCCUUGAGUGUAACGUCAAGAGGUAAACUGGAGCAAAAGCUGAAGUGGGCAUUCAGCAUGUACGACCUCGAUGGGAACGGCUACAUCAGUAAGUCAGAGAUGCUGGAAAUCGUGCAGGCAAUCUAUAAGAUGGUUUCUUCUGUAAUGAAGAUGCCAGAAGACGAGUCAACACCAGAGAAGAGGACAGAGAAGAUCUUCCGCCAGAUGGACACCAACCGUGAUGGAAAGCUCUCUCUGGAAGAGUUCAUCCGAGGCGCCAAGAGCGAUCCAUCCAUAGUCCGUCUCCUGCAGUGUGAUCCCAGCAGCGCCGGGCAAUUCUGAACCCAUUCUUUGGAUGAAUUAUGUAUCUGCUUUUUUUUUUUUCCUUGCCAAACAACAUUCAUGGUAGUGUUGCCUCUGUAUGGCCAAUUAUGCCUUCUUUUGUGGCAUCUUAUAGCUUCUUUUGUUGUGGAUUAAUUAUAAGAAUGCUGAAUUGCUCUUAACAAUUUGUCCAGAGCACGGGCAGUACUGUUUUAAACAGAUAUUGUGGUGUUAUCAUUGUUUUAAAGAUUUCAUUUUGUUUUUUGUUUUAAUGUGUCUGUUAUGGAAAGUACGCGUUGAGAAGGAGGAAACCAACAACAAAACCCUUGGCAGCAAGACACACUGACAGAUUUUUAGAUUGCUGCUUUAGUAGCUGAGUAUUCACCCGCAGGACCUGAAAGUGUAGUAGAGAUUGAACCAAAGGGGUUGUGAUGGGUGGGGUAGGAUUCACCUGGAACCUCCUCUCCUGUCCGGGAGGCACCAGUUAAGGUCAAAGACAGGAUCGGGAAGAAGUACGAAAGUGCAAAAUGGGUGCGGGGUGCAUCGUCCGCACCCCUGCUCCUAUGCCUCAUUGUUUCAAUGCUGUGAACAUUUUCCAGGUUGCGAAGGAGAAGGGAAAAAACAAAGAUGGACAGUUUUUCCUAGGUUUACAGUGGUUGAUUUCACAUGGCUUUAUCUGAAAAUUCAGCAAUUUGCAACCCUGACCCCCAAAUCCACAACUGACGAUACCUCUUGCCGUUUGGGAUCAGCAAAGGCAGACACAGCUAGGGGAAACUGGGUCUUGACAAUGAAUUUAAGGGAGAUACAUGUUGAAUGUGAAAUUUUCAGGUUAGUAGUAAAGCAGUUUCUACUAAGGAGAGUGGGCAUUCACGUGAGGGACUCACGGACACGCAGCUCCAGCUGAGGCACAUCUGCUGUUCCGAAUGCUCUUACAUAGUAUGAAGUUUUGGGGGUGUUUUUGUCUCUCUCCAUGUAGCUAACGGAGUUUCUGAGCCUGCCCUUAGGGGAAGGUUGUCAUCAAAACUUGUUUUAAACAUAAAAUUGUAGCAUUUAUAUUUCAUUUAUUUUAGUAAAGUUCGAAAAAUCUGUACUGAAACGAGGAAAUGGUACGCUUUAUGGUAUAUUUAUAUAUAUAAAAAAUUAAAACAAAAAAAAGAUCAGCUCUUGAGAGAAAUGUUGAAUGUUUAUCUUCUCGCCUAGAUGCAGGAGUUCUGAAAUUUGCUGCUGCAAAACUUUAUCCUUUGGUCAAAGUUGCUGUAUGCAAAGCCAGUAGACGUUCGUGGGAUUUCUUAGGGACUUUACAAGCACUGCUGCAACAGAAAAGCUUUAGCAACAGGAGGCAUUAUGCUGACUAAAUUGGCAUUAAUCUGUCAUUAGCUAAAGUCUGCUCUGUGAUCCCGUUGGAGAGGUACCCAUGUAGGCAGUGCACAGCGCUGGGAAUUCGUGAGCUCGUUAGAGUAACCUUUGUCUGACAGGCAAGGUUGGCGGUUUGUCAAGUGACCUUGUAGAUGCUAAUCCCCAGUAGCCUUAAUUUAAAAUAAACUAAGUAAAAUAAGUCUGCUUGGCAAACGAUGAUUAGCUAAGUACUAAUUAGAAGUCAUGAAAAAAUAGCCGAGUACAAAUAAUUUUUUUUGUAGAACACUAUCUAGCAUGUACAGUAACUGAGAGAAAAAAUCCUAGACUUAAUUUUCCAUACCACUUGCUUUGCCAGGUGUGAAGUGCGGAGCAUAUUAAAAUAAAAUAAAAAUAAAUUGAAAAUAACAUUGCUAAUCAGUUGUACUAAAAUUAUUAUGAGUAGCUAAUUACACUCAGUAAAUCUCUUCAGGCACACACCUUUGUCUCAAAUGAUUGCAGAAAUCCAGUUGAUGAUAUAUUCCCAUUAUAUUAACCAAAAUACCGAGCAGAGGUGCGGAGGGGAAAGUGAGACAGCAAAAAAGACCCAACCAACAGACACAAAGAGAUUUCAAUACCUAGUGCUUUUAGCUGUUACAAGCAUCACUAGUAAAUUUUGCACCAAUUCCUCCAGCUGAUAGAAAUGUUCUGUCUCUAUUUCUCCUUAAUCUUCAUUAGACAUCCUGUGCACAAAUCUAAACCUUCAAAGGAGAGUCUGUGCCUACCUUCUUCAAGGUAAUUUUCUGCUUUACCUGGAGAGGUUCUGGCCCUCUCUCCCAUGUCCAUCAUCUCAUGUAUAUUCAGGUCCACGUUCCCUCUCGGGUGCUUUGAGAGUUGUUUAUCAGCAGGACAAGGCUGGCCAGGCUGCUGGGGAUGGCAACAGGAAGGUCAGUGGACACGCACUAGUCAACACCCCCUUGGUCAGACAGGAACGAACAGUCCCACUGCCCCAGCCGCCCCCGGGGUGCCCCAUCACCACCCCUGGGCGGGCAGGACGAGGUGACACUAGAGGAGCCCUGCUGAACCUCUAACCUACCGGCUCAGUGCAGGCACCCGCAUCCAAAGCAGCCCAGCCCUACAGGAGCUGGCAUUUACUGAAGGUGAACUUGGAUACCUUCCCCAGUUCCAUCUUCUUUUUAAUGUGAAAGCAGUUGCAUGUGACAGAAACUUUUAAAACCUUGCCUUCUAUUGAAGCGACUGCAUUCCAUCUCUUUUUAGUUUUAUAACAUAUUUCUGGCCCAGAACCUAAUCUCUCAGUUUGUUUUUGCUCGGUAGUUUUAGGGCCAGGCUUUCUUCACGUGUCAAUACUGUACCACACGUGUUUGAAAACAGAACUUGCGAUGUGACCCCAGGCCAGUGGAGAUGUAAUUCUUUCCACAGUUCACAAAAUCUGGAAGAAUAAGAAUUAGCCCGCAGCUGCAGAGGAGGUAGCUGGAGAUAAGACUAUUGUAUAAACAUUUACAGAGUGAACUAAGGUUAUUCUUUUACCUGACUACCACUGACGAUUGGUAUUGUUUUAAAUUAUUAACUAUCCCUUUCUUUCUCUGCCUCUGCAUGUACUUUAGAAGUGAUCCAUAGCUGGCGUUGUGGUAGGAGCAUCUGCAGACCUCAGAUCAGCAGGACAGCAGUGGAGUGCUGCGCCUCGGAUUGGAAUUUUCUGCUUUGCUGCCGUUGGCAUUUGCAAUCCUAACUGCCUUCAUAAACCUUUUGAAGACAAAAUGACCUCUCCUGUAUAAAAUAGCACAGCAAGUUAGACACUUUGAAGUGAUCCAUUAGCAAUAUUUCUGUACAGGAAGGAUGGCAGACAGCACAUACUAUGUCACAUCACCUCUUAGUUUUGUAGAUGCAUUCUCCAGUGUUCAUUGCGUGUGAAAAAGGUACAACUCACGUGUUGUCCAAAUGAAUUAUUGAGUGCAUCCCGCAUGUAGACUGAAUCCAUGGAAAAUGCCAGUCCCAUUUAUCCGGCAUUCCCAGUCAGCUUGCAAAACUCUGGGCCAGAAGAAGUGAAGCGAGGACCAAGGCUUGUGCCGUCUGCAGCAGCCUGUCAUUGUUUUAGGGUGCUUUGGGAAGGCAAACAGGAACACAACCCUUGUAAAACCAGUGUAAUUGUGGGUUUGUGAGCACUUAUGGUUUGAGAGGGACUGAAGAAAGAUCUGUGUUUCAACAUUAUUUGAAGCCCUGUGAGUUGACAGCAGUGGAAGUUCCUGAGGCACACGGAGCUGUGGUCUUCCUCUUGCUGUGCUCAGGAGCCUGUAGGAUUUUUACCUUAUUGUUGGGGCAUUUUGCCCUUUGUUUUUCUCUAUUUUAAAGCAUGACCUCCACAUUUUCUAGACACUGCUGCUUAAAACUGUAAGCCAGAAGUAUGUAACUUCCGUGGCUGGAUGAGGUCUAUGUGCAGAAGUAUUGCACACUGGCACAAGAAGGGUUCACACAUGACCAAGUCCCCGCAGUUUAAUAGCUCGCCCCUGGGGCUGAGCCCCUGGACUUCCCAGCAUGUGCUCUCUUCACCGAUGGCAAACGUGCAAUAAUGCGGCUUAGUUUAAUUUUCUUUCACUGCAGACCAGGCUAAGUCGCAUUUGCUGUGUGCUAGAAGCACACACAUGGGCAGAAACCUCAGCACAGCUGACUCAUGGAAACUUGUUGAACUGUGGUAACUUGACGUUGAGCCCUAAUCCGCAGCCUAAGCCGAGCGAGAACAUGGCCGUGGCCGUACGUCUCUCGGUACAUGUGAACCAGGGAACACGGUGACAACUGGCAGGUCCCUGGGGACACGUGGCGGUGGGGAGGGAAUCCCUUGCCUCAGAACGAGUGCCCUGAGCUCAGCUGUCUCCCUUGUUUUAAAACUCUCUCUUUUGUGUUUUUUUUUAGCAACACUGGUGAAGAUGCAACAUGAUAGCAAUAUAGCACGGUCAGGAUAAAGGAGGCAACCUUCAAAAGAGUUUCCUUUUGAAGCCUAGCGUACGAGCGCCAAGCGAAACAAGCGGAGGGGAGGGCUGGCCCAGACCUCCCCCGAACACCCGCUACACCAGCACCUCCUCUUGUCUUUCUCACGGUGUUCCCUCGCUUCCCUGUGGUCAGAUGGUCCUUGGGCUCAGGAAUUAGGUGUCAGGCAACUGGUGCAAGACCAGUGGAGAAGAAUAUUUUACCUGCCCUUUGCACAAGCGUUCGGAUGCACUCUUUGCUCUGUGUCUUUCUGAGCGGGAUCUCACGUAGGAGCCCUAAAGUGAGGGGAAGGUGUUUUCCUGGGUAUCGCGGGCAGAACUUGUGCUUAGAAAUACAGAGAAACUUGGCAAGCAUCAGACAGCCGAGCAACGCUGGGAGCUGCAUGCGGAGGUUUCCAUUGACUGUGCAGUAGACAGAUAAGAUACAAGGCAGCGAUAUGUCAGACUCGUGGUGCGAUGUGCUCUGAGAUAGGGCUAGACCAGAAACGGCACCUUGGAGCUGAGCAGCUCUGCCUGCUGCGCACUCAGUCUGAGGCGCUGGCAAAAUACACUUUUAAAUACCUUUAGCAUGAAUAUGCAGCUGCAGAAGUAGAAUAACUCUGCUCUUUCUUAUACAUAAGUAGCAGAGCCGUUCGCUAUGCCCUGGUUAGAAGCCGAACAAACAGUUCCCAGGAAGAACAUGUGGCAUUCUUCAGUGUAACUGAGGGCAAAACGUUGCCUGCGGGAGCGUUCUUCCUGGUCAUGGUGCACAAGAAGGGAAAGCUCCACCCAGCUCUCAAAGCCCGGGUGCCAUCCUGCAGCCUGGGGAAGGUGAGAAGAACAGCUACGUUUUAAGCACCCAGUGGGAAAAAGCAGCAGGGUUUGUAAAUUGUCAUUAUCAUGGCAGUGACACUAGAAAUUGGGACCAUCACUGAGGGGCUGCAGAAGCCAGUUAGGUGCCUCUGGCGUUUGGAGCAGUAGAACGAUCGGUCAGAUGCAAAGUCAAUUUCCUUGUCCCUUGCAGAAACCAUCCCUGUCUACCAUGGGUGUCUCGGCUAGUAGCACCCCUUAUUCCAGCCUGCUUCCAAAUCUUCCGUACUGAGUUGUUUCGGGGAGGGGAUUUUCACAGGAUAAGAUAUAAAGCUUUUCAGAUAUAGUCUCCAUAUCUUCACAAGUAUGGACAGCUGGGAAGGCCAGAUGUGAGGGCUUCUUGCAAUGUACAGAUUUGAUUUCCCCAUUACUCCCACAGGUCAUAAGUGUUAUUUUAAUAUGCAUAGUUGGGAUUAAGCUAUCACGUGUAAAAUGCUGACUAAUGCACAAUAAACGAGGCAAAAAAGAGCUUGAGUUGUAGUGAACAAUGUGAAAAGACUAGAGAAAUGAAAAACUGUACGAGACAUCCCUGCCUUUAGUGCAGGGUCUGAACUCCCCCUUAACCACAGUCAGCACAGAAUAGCUCCUCUGCGACAGCCCGCUCUGGGGGCUGCUUCGUCCCCACGUCACCGUGUGCCGAGGCUAGGGACUCUGGGUCCUGCCACAGAGAUGGUCAUCUGAGCUUCUUCAGCCUGCUAAGUGCUUCCAAGAUGCCGAAGCACAUGAUGGCCACCCUCUCCGUUGUGUUCUCUUGCUGUGCAGCUGAGAAGUGUCUUAGAUCUUCCCUUCUUGCUCUGAUCUUAUACCAAAGAUGUUCUCACCUUCCCAAGCGCUCAGGGUGUCCAGCUCUCCAAGGCUUUGCACCCACCUCUUGGUUGCCAUCCCUUCCCUCUCUGUAAAUGAGUAACAAACACCAGCCCUUGACAUCUGGAGGAGCCAGGCUUAAUGCACGUAGAUGGAACAUCUUCUGAUUUGGUUCCCACCCUUUGGUCCUCCUGUGCGUACCUUGCCAACCACACUAUUUAUUUCCCAUUGUUAAGUAAUGGUAGUAUUAAACAUUUCAAGAACAUGUUGAACCUCUGGAACAAUGUGGUUUUCAUUAUCAUGUGUGUGUUUGUUGAUGCACUGCAGACUGAACCUGACCAGUGCUUGCUCUCCGCUCCCAUGGUUUAUUCCUUGGAGAGCUUGCUUCUUCCAGGCAGGAGCACUAUCUUCCUAUGCAUCACCAUCCAGCCUGCAGUGCCCUGAUGCUGCCUGGAGCACCCAGAUGCUGUCAACCAAGAGAUAAUUUUGGUGCAGUAAUGUCAGGCAGAAACUCUUCCUGCCAUCUGUCAGAAACACGUGUCAAGGGUGUGACCUCUGGUUUUGUCCUCCCUGGGGGCAGGGUGUUCAGCGGUAUUCAGGGUCGGCCUCACGUUCCCCCACCAAACAGGAUGAUAGUGAUUAGUAAACCCACCUGAGAAAAUCCUCUUAAAUUCUAAGCUUCAUUUGCGCUGUCAAUUGGCUGCAGUCAGAGGGGAGACUAAUGGGUCCGACACGGUUGUUUGGGGGAGAACUCUCAGUUCCUUACCACCACCACUUUUUUAUUUCCUGCCAUUACCUUAUUCCCAUUUCCAGGGCAACCAAAUAGUUUUUAUUCGCAACUGUGAGAAAAAUAAAAAAAAAAAACAAAACCAGAGUUUCAAUCUGAUAAGGAUCUAAGGAAGCUCACUGAAGACAUUGUGCUCCAUGUUAGUCAUAUGAAUGCUCUGCAAGAUCAUGUUUCUUUGGUAUUUUCUGUUUGAUUUCCUGAUUCGUGUUUUAGUUGUGUUCAUGAUUUAUUUAUUUAUUUUGGAUGCCCUUAGAUUCAGCCCUGCCGGUCGUUUAGCUCACGUGCUAACAGAAGUCUCAAUUCUCCCAAGAGCAGAGCUGCCUGAGCAAUUACUAGUGAGGUGGGCUCUCUGUGCCUAGUAAAAAUGAAGUGCUUAAUUACGUUAGGGGUUAUUUUUGUCUGCACAUUUGCUGCAAGGAGACAGGUUGAGCCGCAUUUCAAUAUGCUCCCGCUUGCUCACUUCAAUUCCGUCCGAGCAGUCUUGUAGUUUAUAUUUGUAUAUUCAGUUCUGUUUCGCUCUUGAACCUGAGGUGACCAAUAUUGGCCUCUUCUGACGGAACUGCUUGAUACCUUUUGAUUUUUAAAUAUUGACGAGUGAAUGACACGAUGAAUGCAAAAGUAAAUAGUUAUAUAUUUGUUUGUGUAAAUUUGGGCAGAUAUUUUUGAUCCUGUAGAGACUAAUAAAUUGAGAUAAACCAUGGCCAAAAGCUGAAUGGAUCCAAGUGUCCGGUUCCUGUCUGAGUCCAUGACCAUUCCACAGGGAGACCUUUCCCAUCUCUGCUCCCUCAGGCUGUUUCUACAUUGCAGCGUAGAGUAGAGAUACCAAAUCUAACUUGAAAUAAGCUACCACAGGCAGGCUAACUGCAGCAGCAUGGAGUUCAGCAUAUCCUGUGUCUUGGCAAAAUUAGAUACCUCUCUAGAUGAAUGCUUUGUAAGCAAACCUACAUAUCCUAAGGAAGACUUUUACAACUCAGAAAGGAGGGACAACUAUGAAUUAAAUGAAUUUGGUCCGCAUAGUUUUCUUAUGGCUGUCUAGAAUUGCUAGUGUCCUGCGUGUAGUUGCCUAUAGCUAUCGUGAUGUGUUGAUUUUUACCCCCCAAUUCUGUUGUAAGCUCAUCUGGUGAUAUUCUGAGUCUCCAGCCGGUUCUCAGCCAGGCAAAGCCCACGGAAAGGACAUCUAGAGGAAGGCCGAGGGCAGCUCUCGGGGUCUGUCCUGGGGCUGUUGCACGCUUUGGGAGCACGUACCCGCAGAGCAACGCAUUAGACCUACCCGGUAACAUGGAAGUAGGUGAUCAGGCCGUCGGAGGGGUCAGAGAAUUUGGCGGAGGGUUGUGUAUGUGUUUUGUGCCCCGCAGCACGCGCACCGUUCCCCCUGCUAUUAACUUCCAGUUAGGACUUUUCUUGAACUCUUAGUGUCGGAGUAAAGUUUUCUUAUGCUGAUAACGUAUUUGUAUUAUGCAACAUACUCAGAAAAAAACCCAGAAGAUUCUCUCUCGAUGGCUGUCCUCUCCUCUCGAGAAGCUGUUCUCUUCUGUACAUAUGAUAUGCAGAAUGUAUGGGAGUCUUACCAGUGUUGGUUUGCAUUUUUAAGACUGUACUAAUUAAUGUGUGAUACUAUUGUGUUCUCGUAGUGGCAUCUUUGAUGUAAGAUGUAAAAACUAUUUAAAAUGACUCUUUUUUUUUUUUUUUUUGUUAUUGUUCAGCUUUUAGAGAUAGCACCAAGGACUGCAUGUUCACUAGAAUCAGCCUUUUUCAAGGGCCGUCGUAGCUGCACACAGUUUCACCCGGGGCAUCGUACCCGCAGUCUCGUUUUAAUAGGGGUCAGUUUUGAGCGGAAACUUAAUUCUUCCUGAAAAGUCUGGUUUUCUGUCUUUCCCUCUCUCAGACUCGAGCUUCCCCCUGCCACGCUGGGUGCCAGUGACGGCCCCUGGAGGGGACACGGCCGGGGGGUCCCCCUGGCAGCACCCGCCGGCCCCAGCCUCAGCCUUCCCUAUCCUUGAGGAGGAACAAAAAACCCCACACGCUCGGUUUGCUGUGAGACCGCUGGCUAUACCAGGACAAAACCAAUGGGUUCACAUUUUAAGACUGACUGUGCAAGUGGCUUUAAAAUUCAUUCACUAAAAUUCUGAGGAAUUAAGCAAUUAAGGAAAAGAAGAGCCUGAGCGGCAAGGUUGGGGUCACAAUCUUAUUGGAGCCUAAUAUAGGCAGAACCUGGGGUCAGUCCCUAAAAGACGGGACCAUUUUGGGGGGGUGUCUACAUCUCUUGCCGGGUUUGGAGGGGGAAGAGGGGCUCAGAUCCAGCUUUUCAGGCAGGACUGACUUACUCAACAGAUUGAGUCUGAGAGAGAUGCUUCUCCAGAUCGUGCCCUGGGCCAAAAGAUAAGACAUGCUGCAGCUUAGGAAGUUUUUUCUUUUGUUUUUUUCUUUUUCUUUUUAAUAGAGAAAGCAGUUCAAACUGCACCUGGCAAAAUGACUGACUUCAAAAGCAUGUUUUUCCUUGUUAUAUAGACACUCACAAAACAGCAUUGUGUGGUUAAAAAGGUGCAUUUGUGAUAGUUUCUUUUUCAGUGCCAAAAUAUAUAAGCAGUAUUGUUUGAAGGGAAAUAAGAAUUUUUUUACUGUAUUGUUAUUACUGUUGAACAAAUAUUGUUUUUAAAUGUUAGAUUUUGAAGACUUUUGUAUUGUAAACUGUUUUGUGACAUGGUGCUUUUUCAUACUGGAAUUACUGAUUGCACCUGAAUAUGAAUUAUUUUGUUUUCUUAUAUAAAUAUGUAACCUUGAACAACCUUGAUGAAAACCAAUGUGUGGUGGAUACCGACAGCUCAAACAAAUUCUCCUACUGAAAUCCCCUAAAUGUUCUUUCCUACUAAUAAAUAUCCUGCUGCAGCUA